UGGCCAGGGGACCAGGUUAGACAUCAUUCGGCACUGAUGCUGGCAAUUUCCUGGAAUGAAAUUCGGAUAGAAGGGCUCAUAAGGCCAUCUAUCUCGCCCUUAAAAGAGACAAUUAGUCUCAAUGUGCACUCAACAUCAUCAGCCAUUCUCUAUUCACUGCUGGAGGAAUUCAUCCACAUGCCGUCGCCAUCCCUCGCAGUUCAAUGCUGCUUCCAUCCAUCUUCGCGUGAACUGAUUUCAUCGCUGCACCUCCACGGUGGUUAUGAGAAGUUUCUUGUCUUCAAUGCAUUCAUCACUGUUUUCAAAUAUUUACGUCCCAUCAGAAUGGCAUGCAUGGUGACCACCCCAGUGCUGGAGCCAAGCGGGGACUUCCCAGCGUGGCUGAAGGCACAGGGCGUGAACGCGGAGGUGGCCCAGGCCAUGGACUCGGAACUGGGCAUCCGGGACUACGGAGUCCUGCGCGCCUGCGUCGGGGACGGCCUCGUGCGGGCCGAGCUGCUGGCCACGGCGCGCGACCGCCUGCCCUUCGGUUUCUACGCCGUGCUGCGGCAGGUGGUGAAGGCCUUGCAGGGUGCCGAGCCCCGCGACGCUGGGAUGCUGCGCUUGGACGACGCCGCCACUUCCUCCCCUGGCGACGUGAACCUGGGAGGCCUGGUGGAGGUGCUGCUCGUGCUGUUCAGCGGCUUGAGCCGGGAGCUGCUGCUGUCCGUGCAGAGGCUGGGAGACAUUGAUAACACUGGAAUGUGCGCUGUUGGCUCCCCUUCAGCCAACACUGUCGUUUUCCCUGAGAACAGUGUGAUGAAUGAAAUUGAAGAUUACAAAGUGAACGAUGAAGGUGAGAAGAACUUCAUUCCAGAUAUGGGAGAAUCGCAAGCUGUGGACGCAUCACCUUUAAUAAAGACGGAAGCCCUUGAAGGUGCAUAUCCAACAAUGGACAUGAGGAGCACAGUUCGUGGGCGCGAAUCAGGCCAAGUUGACGACCCUGCAGAGGCGGGUCCGCACGAGCCGGAGACGGAACCUGGGGCGAUGCCGGUGCUUCAACAGCCAUAGCAGCCGCCGGGCACGCCGCCACAGUCGGGGGAUGGGCUUCGGGAUGCUCACUCCCGCCUCGCCGAAUUACUUCUCGCCGCCGCCUCCAUACUUAAAGAAAUUACCCAUACGGGAGGAGCGGGGGUGGGAGAGAGGGGGGAGAAUCGGCGGCAAACUACCGUUCCCGCCAUUAACACGGCGCCGCAAAUUGAAAUUGGUGCCAUUUCCGGGGUGGACUCCGGGGGUGGCAGGGGCCGGGCACGCCACGUGGGAGGCGGCACCCAACCACCGCUCGCCACGUCAUCCCCAAGCGAUGGCCACGGCCGUAGCCAACCAGGAAUCUCCGCGCCAGAAGCGGUGCGACCUACGGAGGGGGCCACCAUUGCACUGUACGAGAGUCCUGUACGGGACCAUCAUCGGCAAGCGACGGAGCAGACGUUCCAGCAGCAACUGUCCGUUUUAACAGCGUUCACAGCUGACGCAGGCGACUGGGGAGCCUUCCAACGACGCUUCCUCGCCCACCAAGAGAUGUCGGGCUGGUCCGACGAUGAGGCGCUGCGCGCCCUCCCAGCGACUAUGGACGACGACGCUCUGGCUACCCUAGUGUCAGCCCCGAGAUCGCGUCGCUCUACACUGCAGGCAGCGCUCCAGUUGAUGGCCACUGUCUACUGACCGCCAUCUGUGAGUCGCAACCAUUUUCACGAAUGGAGGAAGGGCGCGAAGGAAAUGCCUCUCGCCUACCGCACAGCUCUUUUGGCCCUCGCUAAGGCGGCUUUUCCGCGGAUGGACUGCGAAGGCAUCGAUGCCAUGGUAACGGAGAAGCUCCUAGUGUUGGCCCAGGAGCUGGGCAUCGUUGUCCUGGCAGCAGAUGAUGCGGACAUAUGCUCGUUGCGGGUCGCCAAGAACAUUCAUGGUCACGAAGUCUUGAAGCGGAACCGGCCUCUCAUCACUGCCGCCUCCACCUCGGAGCGCAGCGAGCCCCAAGACGCCCAGCCAUCGGAGGAGGUCUUCGCUGCGACUCGUCUGGGGGAUUGGAGGUCGGGUGGCCGACAGCCUCAGUAUCCGGCGCGCAAGCUGGAGCAACCGAGACCAUCGUCAGCCCUCGUCACCUGCUACAAAUGUGGCCUCCGAGGCCAUGUUGCAUCGGGGUGCCGGGCUCCACGGCUGCGUGCACCAGGACCUCGGCCGAACGACGCCCAGGCUUCCAAGUCAUCCCAACAAUAUCCGGCAAGUCGCGGCACCACACAUGCUCGGCCCCCCCACACACUACACACGACUCACCGCGCCGCACAUGACACAUCACGCACCACGGGCGCCAGUUCAGUGAGGGGUGGUGCGUUUGGACGAGCGCUCGGUCCGGGUCAGUGGUCCGAGUUGGCUCAUAGGGUGGUUGCUGCGUCGGCCGGAUCGUCUGUGGUUGCGGGUUCAAUUGAGGGAGUCGAGGUUCGGGUACUGGUUGACACUGGGGCGUCGGCAACGAUUAUCUCCGACCUUAUCUAUAACAUACUCCCUGUUCAAUGUCGACCAUUACUGCCUGUUGACGUCCCGUGCUAUGCGGCAAAUGCAGGAUCCUUGGGCAUCAUCGGUCAAAUCCGGACGAGAAUUUGAAUUGGCGAUAUUAAGCUAUCUGGGCCAGUCUUGGUUUCAUCCUCUCUCGCAGUCCCAUGUUUGUUGGGAACGGAUUUUUUGGCUGAAAUGCCGAUUAAGAUCCUCAUUGAUCAGGGCUGUAUUGAACUUCCUUCGGGCCGCCGCAUAGCGUUUUUGGUUUCCCCAAGCGGUAUGCGCACAACCGCUGCGACUGUACAAGCAAAAACCUCUCGGCAUAGGGGUAGCACCACAUGGGGUCCAAUUGGGUUUAUGAAACGGAGCAGUGAAGGAGCUGUAGUUGUUGGUGGCUCAGACGAUAGUGCAGGCAGACAGGGAUCCCUUCAUCAUGGUUCUAAAUGCGGGUCCUCAAACGGCUGUGGUCCCACAGGGGACCGUGCUCGCUCACGCGUCGUCGGCACCAAUGGCAGAACCGGUGAUUGGGCAUGUGCAUGACGGUCCCACUCCACAGCCGGAACUAAGCCGGGAUCAGGGGUGGUUGGAUUCACUUUGUUCUGAAUCCAGUGACCUGUCCGGUUCGCAACUUGCUGCACUGCGCGCCCUGUUGCUUGAAUUUUCUGACUUUUUAGCAACCACAAAUAUGAUAUCAGUUGCACCGACUUGCUACGUCACCAUAUUGACACGGGUGACGCCACCCCCAUCCGGCAAAAUCCUUUCCGGUUAAGCCCCGCCAAGAAGGAGCAUGUCAAAUCGGCUGUUAAUGACAUGCUGUCGGCGGACAUCAUUUCCCCUUCCACCAGUCCAUGGGGGGCCCCGAUCGUGCUCGUCAAAAAACACAAUGGGUCUCUGAGGUUUUGCGUAGAUUUUCGUCGCCUGAAUAAGAUCUCUGUGGCCGAUGCAUAUCCACUCCCCAGAUUGGACGAAUCAUUGGACGCCUUGGCGGGGGCACAAUAUUUCUCCACGUUAAACCUGCUAUCAGGAUUUUGGCAACUUCCCCUGGACGAGGAGUCAAAACCCAAGACCACUUUUAGAACACCCUUGGGCCUAUUCCAGUUUAAUCGGUUGCCCAUGGGACUCCACUCAGCUCCCGCGACAUUCCAGCGCUUGAUGGAAUUGGUUUUGGCCGGUCACCAAUGGGAUACCUGUUUAAUUUACCUGGACGAUGUCAUUCCUGAAAAUGCGGUCCGCUAAAUUAAAGUUCAAGCCACAGAAGUGCCACCUCCUCCGGGAAUCUGUGCGGUAUUUGGGGCACAUAGUGAGUCGUUCAGGUAUCUCCACUGAUCCCGCUAAAACUCAGUGCGUCAGCUCCUGGCCUACGCCCACUUCGGUCAGUGAGGUUCGUAGCUUCAUAGGGUUUGCCUCAUACUAUCGACGGUUCAUUGCAGACUUUGCCACCAUAGCCAAGCCCCUCCACACUCUGACGGCAAAGGGCCUAAAAUUUUGCUGGGGUCCUGAGAAGGAGGCCGCCUUCCGCUCCCUCAGGGACGCCCUCGUGAGUGCUCCGCUCCUGUGUUACCCUGAUUUCACUGCACCCUUUGUGCUCGACACGGAUGCCAGUAACACCGGCAUUGGCGAAGUGCUCUCGCAGGUCAUUGGAGGAGUCGAACGUGUUGUCGCCUACGGUAGCAGGGUUUUAUCUCCGGCAGAACAGCGGUAUGCAUUACCCGUCGCGAACUAUUGGCUAUCGGUUUUUUUAUCCAACAGUAUCGGCCGUAUCUCUACGGGCAGCACUUCACUAACCAUACGGACCACGGGACAUUACAAUACGCACUCCGUGUUGACCAGCCAUCGGGACAACUGUCUCGAUGGUUGGAAGUCCUGCAGGACUACCAAUUCACGACCACUUACCGAAAGGGUGUUCGCCAUACAAACGCUGAUGCCCUGUCGUGACUGCCAGUCGGCGGGGAAUGUGCAUGUUUCCUUGGAUCGGGACGUUGCAAACCGAAAUGUGUUGUCCCGUCCACUGUUUUGGCCGCUGCCGCUGACACACCGGCUCCGGGUAGCUCUCUCUCUCAAACGGGUGGGGAUUUGUUACUUAAUUUGACCCUCGCUGACUGGGGCCUGCUCCAAAUGGGGGACGCGUCCCUCCUCACGCUACGUUGUAAGGCUGGCGGCUCCACGGACGGUCGGAGAAGGGUCGAUUCUUGGAUAAUGCGGGAGGGUCUCCUUAUGAAUUGGGAUGGAAAAGCCCUCCAUUACAGAAUUGUUGUGCCGUCCGCCUUGCGGGGUAGGGUCAUUCUGGCCGCUCACGAGCGGCUGUUGCAUUUGGGGUUUCACAAGACCUUAGUCAUGCUCCUCCUUGACUUCUUCUGACCGGGCAUGGAUAAGGAUGUGUCGAUUGUUCUCAAAGGAUGUGUGCAGUGCGCCCAGCGAAAACCGCCAGCCAAAGCGGCUUCCACCGUUACAAUCCAUUCGAGUCUCUCGUGUCAAUGAGCUCAUCGGGCUCGACAUUUUGGGGCCAUUCCCGGCAAUGCCUAGGGGUAAUAAGUACCUGCUGGUUGGCGUCAAAUAUUUAACUUGAUGGCCCAUGGCCUGGCCACUCGCUAACCAGUUGGCAGCGGCCAUCGCCGAGGCCUUUGUCCAGGGCUAUGUCCUGGACAACGGCGCACCGGAGCGGCUGCUGACCGAUCAGGGAAAUAAUUUCUCGAGCUCCCUUACUGCGUGAGGUGUGCAACCUGUUGGGAACAAAGAAAGUGCGUACCUCCCCGUACCACCUGCAGACGAACGGGAUGGUGGAGCAGCUCCACAGGACGUUCACGUCCAUGCUGUGCCAUCAGGUGUGCGAGUCUCAGGUCGAUUGGGACCUCCAAAUCCCAGGUGUUCUUGCCGCCUAUAGGAUGGCUCCCCACGCGGCAACUUGGUAUUCCCCCUUCUUCCUGAUUUACGGCAGGGAUGCUGAUCCGCCCGUGGAUGACCAGUUGGGGAUUUCGGUGCCCCACCCUAAAUCCAAGUUGGCCGAUCAUGUAAAAUUCAACCUUUUGAAAUUGGCCGAGGCACGGGAGGCUGCGGCACAGCAUUCAUGCUCUCGCCAAUUGGCGAACGAGCAGUUGCGUGCACACCGCACACACACCCACGAGUGGAAACCUGGCGAUAAGACAUGGCUACACCGUCUGCAGGUACCGUUGGCAACAUCCCCUAAACUGCUGAAGCCAUGGAGAGGGCCGGUUGAGGUUGUGCAGGUCGCACGGCCACAAUGUGUUCGGAUUAAGUGGGGGAUACGGCUAUGGUAUGUUCACCCCUCACGACUGAAACCGUUCAUUUCACCGCAUACAUCCCAUGGAUGUCCUAGUGGCCGAGCAUGUGAUGUGUCCGUCGACUCGGGGAAUGUGGUACCGUCACCUUAUCUUCACAUGCCACUGCCUGUUCCACUUCCAGGCACACCGGAAUUGACAGCUGACAAAACACAUCGGCCACCGGAGCCGGACAAUGAACAUGGAACCAGGCAGCCCACACUGUGCCCUCAGGGGCUGCCUGCCUCAACCCUCAGACCACCAUUCCCUGCCCCGUACAACGGGCCAACCAGUUGGACUCGGGCUAAAUCACGCCGGUUUUCGUGAGGGGUGGUUGCUCACUGUCCAAGCGUUCUUCUUCUCCUCACGAACUACGCGUCGGGUCGGUUACGUUGCAUCGCGGGUUCCGGUGCCGGG